CGGGGCGGCGCCGCGCCUCCUGCCCGGGGGAGUCCGCUCCUCCUCGGCAGCAGAGGCGUGCCGGCGCCGCGCCGCCACUUCCGUGUUCCGCGCAGGAAGGUGAAGCGGACACACCCGGCGAGGCCGCCGCGUUCCACCGGGCCCAGCAGACAGCGCAUGUUCGGGUCAGAAAGUUGGAGUCGUCGCUGGCUGGAAGCUGACGGGGGUCCGGACACAUGGCCGACAACCGAGGAGCAGAUCCCCGGGACGGGGACCCGGAGCCGCGGGGCGCCGAGGGGGGAGAAGACGUGGUGGAUGACCCCAUCCUGGAGCAGGGAGCCGUGGUCCUCAGGGGGUAUGUGAUCGAGCGGAUAAACACCCAGGACCCCAGUCGACAGGUGAGCUCUGAGGAUCUGGGAGGACGUCCUGGAGAGCAGCAGGAGCCGCAGAUAAAGGAGGUGGUGGAGCAGCUGCUGAGAAUCGCAGAAGAGAUGAACAGGAACGCUGAGCUGCAGCGGCUGAUCAGCCAGGUCCAGGGCGACUGCGCGCAGGACAUCUUCAUGGAGGUGGCCCGGAGCAUCUUCGCAGACGGCAUCAACUGGGGACGAGUCGUGGCGCUCUUUCACCUGGCCUACAAGCUCAUCUACAAGGCUCUGACCACCAACCAUCUGGAGAACAUCCGGACGGUCAUCGGCUGGGUUCUCAAGGUCAUCAAGGAGCAGCUGUACGGGUGGCUGGUGGCCCAGGGGGGCUGGGAGGGAGUGAUCCGGAGCUUCUCCCGGUGGAGGACCGUGGCCGCGCUCGCCUCAGUCGUCUUGCUGGCUUCCUUUGUUUACUACAGGAAGACUCGUUGAGACGGCGUCUCGUCGGGGCGCACCGUCUUCUUCUUGACAUUGGUAAAGACAGAACAUUUAGCACACUCACUCCUCUCGCUCCACUUCAAGAAGAGGACGUCCAGUACUGUACCAGGAGGUCGAGCAGCCUCCGUCUUCUCAGGACUCCACGAACAAACCCAGUGCCAGGCGUCAGCCGAGGCGGGAUUCUGAACCAGCAGCUCCUUCACGGCCCUCCUGGAGGCCUCGACCACAGCAGAACCUCCCAGACCGACCCAGACACCCGAGCACCAGCCGGUCCCCUCGCAGCACCGUCCCCAGCCGACAGCUGCAGUCUGGGUUCUACCGGAAGGUUCUCCUGACAUGUACUGUGGUGCUUCAGGACUCUUCUACUCAUUCUGCUGCAGAAAAGGUGAAAACUGAUAGGAACAACUCCUUGAAUUUUUUAUUUUUAAGAUCAUUCCCAUUGGUUCAUUUAGACAUUUGAAGUUGGUAUCAACCUGUUUUUAAGUGUUGCAGCAGUAUUUGGGGGACGUUUAGAUGUGUCCUCGCAGCUCGUCCAAUGCGAGGCCGACUGCUGCUGGGACACCGAUCGUCUGUUUCUCUGUCUUCUUCAAAGCAUCGACGCUGCCAGCAGUACUCAUGUUGUAUUAACUGGCUUAACUUCAGGAGCCACAUGGCACAGAGAAGCCAGACCAACCAUGCUAACGGCUUUCCCUUUGUUUUAAGGUAAAAAAAAUACAAAAUGUCUUGAAUCGAAUGUCUUUCUAAAACUUCAGUUGACAAAAAACAAAAGGGCAAUAAAAUGCAUUUUUAGAACACUGUAUUUCCCGUGGAACAUGUGAAAAUGUGAAAUCUACUGUGUCACAGUUUCCAGGACAUGAUUUACAACCUCGCCUUCAGCUUGGCUUUGAUGCAAGGCUGGCUAGCUUCUCUUUUUGUUUCCUGCCUGCUAUAUCGCCAAAAAGUGAGUUAAUGCAGACUGCAGCUGCUUUGAUUAAACAGUUAAAGAUGACUCUGUUGUUUGAUAAAAUGUAAGCUUUGCCAGGUUUCUUUUGGGAUGCAUGUUUGUCACAGAGAUGUUCAUAAAUACCGCCUGGUGUGCCUUCGUGAAGCUGACAGCAGAUGAUGAGCUACGUCUGUCACGCAGACGUGACGGACACAUCAGGCUGAAGACAAGAGCUUCCACAGCACUUCCCAAUGGAUCCCUGCCUGUCUUUAUAUCACAUUUAUUCACAUAUAUUUACAAAAGAAAAGUAGAGGGAAAGCUAGCUAGCUUACUGCUAGCGUUGUAGCUUUAGCAUCAAAGGCAAGCUGAAGGCCACUUUGUUCAUCAUGUUUCCUAAACCCUCCCACACCGCAGAUUUCACAUUAUAUACCAGCAGUUUUAAAUGCUAAUAAGCCAAAAGUAAAGACCCACAUAUAUUGAGAUAAAUGUGAAAUGAGAACAGUCACGGAUCCACCGCCAAGUGUUGUGGAGGCCCUUCUUUUGGUCUGCGUUGACCGUGUGUGUCCGCCAUGCCGGCUGACCCCACUGGGAUGAAGGGAUGCUGAGGAAGGGAUGUUCUAAACAGUUUGGAGGAACCCUACAAACUGAAUUCCAGCCUGCUGUCUCUGGCACUGCAACAUACUUGAUAUUUUAAUGCGGUAAUUUUUUGAUAGGUAAUUUAUUCUGAGCUGUCGCUUGCUCUCCUGGAAGUUGUUUCCCCAGCAGCAGGAGAGUUUGUGUCAGUGUUUUUCUCUCCAGUGCAUUAAAGGGGAAUUCACACUAUGUAUAUAGAUUCUGUAUUUCAUAUGACUUGAUUUUUCUCAAUAAAAUAUCAGCGUAUUUCAAACUCA